AUGGAGACCCAGUUGAGAAGCAAUUUCGCUAAAUUCAUGGAACCUCACGGGCUAUACAAGUCAUACUCGCACAGUGUCUCUGGCGAGGCAGGCGGUGAAGACACCAGGAUCUCCGUGUCAUCCAGAGGCAGGGUCUCGAACAUGUACGACUAUCGAAACAGCUACGCUUUGGAGGACUUUGGAGGACUGCUGGCCAUCGGGAACGAGAAAGUUGCGAUGAAGCAUCUGAAUGACCGCCUGGCCAGCUACAUGGAGACCGUGAGGUCUCUGGAGAAGGCCAACAGCAGCCUGGAGAUCAAAAUCCGGGAGACGAUCGAGAGAAGGGGCCCAAUGGAAGGGAGUGACUACAGCAAGUACAAUGCCGCCGUUGGAGAUCUAAGAGCCAAGAUUUUUGCCAUAAUCAAGGGGAAUACACGACUUGCCAUUAACCUAGACAACGCCAAACAGGCCGCGGACGAUUUUCGGAUCAAGAUGCACUACGAGUUGGCCAUGCGUCAGACCGUGGAAAGUGAUACUGCAAGACUCCGUAAGAUACUGGACGACACCAACCUGGGUCGCAUGUACUUGGAGAGCGAGAUCGAGACAUUGAACGCAGAGCUGAUCACCCUCAGGAAGACCCAUAAGGAGGAAGUUGCUGAAUUGCGUGUCAAGAUCACUCAGGCCGGAGUCUUUGUGGAUGUCGACGCCCCUAAAGGCCAAGAUCUGGCAAGGAUAAUGGACGAGAUGAGGGAGAAGUACGAGAAGAUCAUGGUGAAGAAUAAGCAAGAGGCUAAAGAGUGGCACGAGUCACAGAUGACAGAGGUGAAGGUCAGAGUGACGGAGAGUACCACAGCCCUGAAAGAAGCCUCCACGAUGGUUUCUGUAACCAAGAAGAAGUUUCAGACAUUGGACAUUGAACUGCAGUCACAAAUAAGCCUGAUAGAGUGCCUGAAGGCCAAUUUAAGAGACAUGCAAAUGCGCAGCAGCAUGGAGAUGGAGAAGUACAAUGUGAUCCUGGUGAGCCUACAGGAGCAGCUCGCUAAUCUCCGUAAUGACAUUUUUGAAGACGCAAGACAGUACCAGGUCCUCCUCGACAUCAAGGUCAAACUGGAGGCUGAGAUCAUGGAAUACAGGAGAUUGCUGGGCGGAGAGAUUGAGGUCGUCGACAAAAAGAAGAUCGUCCAGACCCAAGUGUUGACGGUCACUCAGACUCUGGUGGACGGCAAAGUAGUGUCCGAGAGCAGGGACGUCCAAUCCAAUCAAGAAGAGUUGACUGCAUAG